ACAAGUAGAUUCAUUAGCAUAAAGGCACAUAGUUACAAGAAAUGAAAGGCUUGUCAAUCAGAAUAAUUUCAUCAAUGGAAAGCAAAAAACCAUAUAUAGCAAUGAUGUUCAUACAAUUUGUAUAUGCAGGCAUGGCUUUGUUUUCUAAAGCAGCAAUUGGUGCAGGAAUGAACCCUUUUGUUUUUGUUGUUUAUAGACAAGCUUUUGCUUCACUUGCCUUAACUCCAUUUUCUAUCUUCCUUGAAAGGAAAAAGGCUCCUCGUCCAUCAUUCUGCUUAUUAUGCAAGAUUUUCUUUGUUUCUUUGUUCGGGAUAACACUGAGUUUGAAUCUGUAUUAUGUCGCUCUUAACAAUACCUCUGCAACAGUUGCUACUGCUACAACCAAUACAAUUCCUGCCAUUACCUUCAUCAUUGCUGCUUUUCUCAGGAUGGAAAGCAUUACAUUAAAGCAUUAUUAUGGAGUAGCAAAGGUGAUUGGGACUACAGUAUGUUUAUCAGGAGCUCUAGUAGUUGCUUUAUAUAAUGGUCCUGCAGUGAAAAUGAAUUGGAAGUCUUCAUCAUCAUUUCAUCAUCACCAAACCGGCCAUAUUUCUAAUGACCCAUCUCCACCAUCUAACUCAUCCCCAAAGGCAGUAGAUUCAGUUAAAGGAGCUCUCAUCAUGCUUUCCGCAAAUACAGUUUGGUCAUUUUGGCUUAUCUUACAGGGUCCCCUUAUCAAGUUAUACCCAGCAAAAGUACAUCUGACUACCCUGCAGUGCUGGUUUAGUUGUAUUCAAUCACUAAUUGUGGCUGUAAUCUUUGAGAGGAACAAUCCAUCUUCAUGGAAGCUCGGAUGGGACAUUCACCUUCUCUCCGUGGCUUACUGUGGUAUAGUUGUAACUGGAAUGACCUACUGGUUGCAAGCUUGGUGUAUCGAAAGAAAAGGACCAGUUUUUAUAGCAAUGUUUACUCCUUUAGCACUGGUCAUUACUAUCAUCUUCUCUGCCUUCAUAUGGAAGGAGCAGUUGCAUUGGGGAAGUAUUGCCGGUGCACUGUUGUUAAUAGGAGGCCUAUAUAGCGUUUUGUGGGGGAAGAAUAAAGAAGAACUCACAAAUACUACGACUGAGGAAGAUAUACAAAAUGAUGCGAAAACCAAAGAAGCAAAUGAAUUGGAACUUAUUGAUGCAGAGAGGCAACUGAAAUGCUUUAUAGAAUGAUUUGCUCGUUUCCAUUUUCCAGAAACAAUAACCAUCUGCUGGUUUGCUCGCGCGCGAAUGGCAUACCAUCACAUUAAUAUGGAUGGAUGCUGGGAUAUUUCAGAUGUAAAUAUAGCUAUAUACUAGUUAUCUGCUAGGGUUCUAGACCUUUUAACUCUGGAGAAAGCUGUGAAGAUAGUCUUCACAGGAGAAAAAUCGUGAAGAUAAUCUUCACACAAUGUCUAAAGAAAAAGAAGAAAAGAACCGAAUAAACUCUUUGAGUUAGGGGUUAGCCACCGGCUUUAAGAAGAAAAUAGAAGUAAACUUGAAUUGUUA